CGGCAAAGAGCUAGGCAGUUACAAGAGAGUCGGCGCGUGCGCUACACGCGUCCAUUAGCCAAACUUCAAAUCCGAUGAGAUCGCGAACGCGACGUUUUGUCUUCUAGUCUUGUUGUUCUAACAUUUCGUUCAAAUGGAAGUAUUGAGGACACACCUCAUUUUCCUUUGUUGCGAUUCUCUAUAACAUGCUGUGAAUAUUCUUUGUUACUUACAAUAGCAAUGUUAGUUCUACUUUCAUAAAAUUUAAAUAAAAUAAGCCCUCUGUGAAUAUAAAUUUACACUUGAAAUAGCAAUAUUUGAAACAGGGAGCAAUAAGUAGCAACAAGAAGAUUAUUGCAGGAUAAACGGCGCCUGUUUUUGUGAUGAACAAUGUAUAAGCAAAAGCUUCUUCUUUUGGUGUGGGCGUGUAACGCGCUAGCUGCUCUAGAAGGUUACAGCGCGCAACAAGAUACCGAUCAGUUCCACAUACAAACAGACGAAGAUGACGACCGAUAUUUCGUUUACCAAACCCACAACGGGCAGUACCGUAAAGAACGACGACUUAAAGAUGGUUCUGUAGUCGGUACUACGGGUUGGGUGGGCGCUGAUGGUUUUUUAAGACUACAAGACUACAUUGCUGAUGAUCAAGGAUAUAGAAUUUAUAAAUCCAAGACCGUUUACGUGGGAGAAAACCGUCCAAUAGGGGAAUCUCUAAAAAUUGCGAAUACGGCACCUACAGAUUCUGGUUUUAAUAUAACCCCACCACCAGCACGUCAUCCGCCAAGAGGAACUCCUCGUUUCAGCACAACAACUAAAGCUCCAAAGACGUAUUCAUCAACUCAUAAUAUACAAAAACUGUUUCCUACAGAAAUUUCUAUAACACCUCCACCUCUAUAUUCUACUUCAACUUCAACGCCUAAGGUAGACCUGUCACCGAACUCUAUUGAUUCAUCGACACAGUAUGACUUAAGGCCGACUCCAAUCACAGCAAGUGAAGCGUCUUCAUCGCCGAAUCCCUACAAUUACGAUGCAUCGAAUACGAAUACAUUAGAUGAGUAUUACGCGAGUGAUAGCGCACCUCAUGAACGUUUUGAUAUAAUCAAUCCAAAUUCCUAUAGACACGCAAACGAUUGGACCAGACGGCAAAAGCCAAGAAUACGUAUCGGGGACGGUUACACACCGCAAUUCCCAGGGUAUGAUGGCGUUGCAUUUAGAAAGAACGGAUUCCGAUACUAUCUUCCUAAGCAAUAUCAUGAAGAAGAAACCCAAGAAGUGGAUGAAAGAACUGGUAGUUUUGGUUAUAUAGAUCCAUUUGGAAUUCGUCGAGUAAUCUAUUACAAUACGUCGCCUGGUCAAGGAUUCCAAAUACGCAAGAACAAUAGGUAUGUCGGUCAUGAUGCCACUCCGUAUGAUCCAAGACCUGUAAAGUGAUUAUCAUAUACAAUUAUUCAUUGUGUUGUAGUUACCACUUGUUGAACAGUAUUCUUAAUUUAAAAAAAAAUCUCUAAUUAUUUACGAGAGACAAAACGAUUGAUCUUCGAACGAAACCUCUUAGCCGCAUUCUUAGAAUUAUAAAUUUAAUGUUUUAGUCAUAAUUUUAAAUUAACAGAUUUUUUAUAACUUUCAAAAAUCACGUGGUUUUGCAGAAAAAAGUAUAAUUACGGUCAUAUAAUUAACUAAACUAAUAAUAAUAAACAAUUUCUUAAUCCUUUGUGCCAAGAAUUGAAUCUGAACGGACGAAAAUAAGUUAUUGAAUUAAUUACAAAAAUUGAGUAACAUAAAUAUUUCAUGUUACUGGCUGGUAGUUUCCAUGCUUAGCAUUUACCGUAAUAACGAUGUCGUUAUUUGUAAUAAAAGACUAAAAAGGAAACGUGUAGUAGUUUAGUCUCACGUAGAGAACAUUGAACUUGACUUCAUUUGUUGUUAAUUCAUUUUUUUAUGAAGAUGUGGGUGUAUUAUAUACAAGUUUUACCAUUUAAGGGUAAAUCCUUAAUAAAGAAUACAUUUCACCAUUCUAUUUUCGUCUUUAGAACUAUGACUACAUAUGUAUAUUAUGUAUUUGUACAGUGCAUACCUAAUUUAUAUAAAGUUACAUUUAAGUAUAAUUUUUUGUACAAUUACUUAAAAUUUAAGCUUGGUGACAGUGCUUACGGAGUUAUAGCGAAUGACUGGUCAUUUUUUAUUAUAUAUUAUACAAUUUAAUAGGAAAAUAAUGACUUCUUGUUGCUGUAACCGUUAAGCGGGAAAUAUUUAUAUCACUUAUUUAACUAGAUAACCAAAUAAAGUAUUAUUUAAAA